GAGUUUUACGAACAAAUUAAGGGGAAAAAUGCCUUUUCUCAAAAACAACGACAUGAAUUUCAUGAACUUGCUGUCAUAGAUGCACAAAUGAAUCAUUUUAAUAGUUUUAUGACAUAUUUAAACUUUAUCAAGUAAAAUGAAAUCGGGAGAAUAUGUUAAAAACACAUUUUGACAAAAAAGAGAGGCAAGAUGUGCAAUUAACAAAAAAAAGAUUAAAAGCCAAAAGGGCAAAAAUCCUCCAGAUCAAAUCUUCAAUAGUAUAUAGUCCUAGAAACCUCUACCUGAAGUUCGAUCUGAUCAAUUUUUGCUGCAAAAAUGCCCAUGAGAGUGGUAGAAGUGGAAGCGCCGAGCCCAAUGAGGUACAUGAUGGGAGCAGCAGUAAUGAUGAUCGGCGUUGUAUUGCCACUUGCUUAUAUGAUGUUUAGGAACAAGCGUGUUCCUUCCUCGCCUUCUUACCCUAAACAGACGAAUAAGGUUCUUAUAUAGACCAUGGAGGCGUGCUUAGAAUGAGCUUUGAGAAAGGAGAAGAGCAAGAGGGUGGCAUCUCGGCGAUUGUUGUAAAUGCAUUGUUUUUCUUAUUUGGAUUGAGAUCUCUUGAACUAUUACUUAGUUGAUUUGUAUUGAAGGUUAGGAUUCUUGUUUCCCAAAGUUUAGACUGUGAUUUCCUUUCAAGGAUAUAGUUUAGCUUGCUAAUCACAAGUCAAAUAGAAAGGAAACCCACUAUUGUUGUAUUGUUAUUAUCUCCUAUAUGGUGAAUUUUUUCGUGAAUUCUUUUGCCUUGAAUACAAACUAUGUUGUUAGCAA